AAUCGCUGAGAACAAGAGAACGAUAUCACCCGCCAAUUCGUCAACAAGUCAUAGGAGAUCGCCAAGUCUUCUUUUUCGUCUUGCCUCGGGCGCGGAGCCUUAAGUUUUUUCUUAAUUCGCUCUCGAGGGCUUUUCGAGUUGAGCUCGUCCCAUCAAAUACAAUUACCAUCUUGCCCCUCAUAUACCGUGCGGUUUCCUUCCUUGGUAAUUAUAGGUUAUUGCUCAACUAUUUAUGAGUAUGGAGGAAGACAAGAAACCGUCUCUUGUUGGGGUUGGUGAGAAGGAGAAAUCGGAAAAAAAUACAACCACUGUUGUUGAACGACCUGCUCCUGCCGCCAGUGUUGAACCUCAGAAACCGAAACCUUCCGAAGGCGACACCCCCACCAACAACGUCGCCGAUGAUAUCGCCAAUGACGCCGAUCUAAGUUCACCUCCCGACACAAGUUCUGUCUCCAGUGUUAACCCGGAUAUGCUGGGUGAUGAGAUUGUGGUUGGCACUCGUGCGAACGGCGGUAAAUCUCCAGCUCAUCGAGCUGCUCUUGAGCAAGAAGACGUCGCCAUGGCCGAUGUCGCCGAGGAAGAUGAACCCGAUACUAGUUCAACCAAGGGUAACCCGCGACAUAAAAUUGGUGAGGACAACAAACACGUUCCGAUUGGUUACUGGCGCGACUCUCCUGUUCCUCAGGAAGGAGGAAAGCACAUGGUUGUGGGUUUCAUUGAUAUUCGCGACCGUCUGCGGACUCGGAUCCGGAGUAUUAACCUGGAUGGGAAGGCUAUCAAUGGUCGACUGUUCCGUAUCCCUCCCGGUCCUGGUGGUAGCUGGGUUACCUUCGAACGAGUCGUGUUCCUUGACCAUCUCAUUGGUCACGACCACAACCUAAUCAAAGAAUACGUUAAGGUACGCGCCGAGACACUCAAAGAUCGCACGAAAGAAGCGGAUAUGGCAGCAUUACGAGAGGCAGAGCGCCGCAUCGAGGCUCGCCCUCCCCCCGAGACUAAUCAGCCGCCUCCCGUAGCAUGGGGUCGCGAGAUUCCCGAGCAGGCAAUGGCGCCUUAUGUAGAUGUCAAGAGACGACGUGUCGGUAGUGGCUCCGGUACUAUUUCGGAACGCAAUGACCCUACUGAUUACCUCGAUCAAGCCGAACAAUCCCGAGAGAUGAGUCAUAUCGAACACAUUCACCAACACUCUCGUGUACUACCGACACCUGAGCCUCCCCAAGUGCCUAGAAAGCCUACCCGGAUUCUCGUUGGUGUUUGGAGCAAGUCCAGUUCCCCGAAUGAUGACGACAAGCAUGCGGUCUAUGGCAUCCUUGGCGCGAAUGAUAUGUUCCGUGUCAAGCUUGUCCGUGAGACAAAGGAUGGUCGUUUCUUGGAUGGGAAUUUCCCUAGUGGGGCAGGCGCUCUAUGGAUAGCUUACGACGAGGCUGUGAUGUUGGAUCACAUAAAACACCUCUCUAGACCGGAGGUUAAGGAGUAUGUUCGUAUUCGCCAAUCUCAGAUUGAUGCCGGCGAGACGAAAGACGAGCAGAUUGCGAAUGAGACCAAAGCGGUUCACGAAGCCCAAAUUCGAGCUGCGCAAAUCGCGGCAGCGAGUCCUAAUCGACCCUUCAACCAGGGACACGCACCGUCUAACGCACCGACCACCCUUUCUCAGGUUUGGCCCCAAGAGGGUCGCGACGCGCACGAGUUGAGGCAGCCUAGACGAGAUGUAGGAAUUCGAGGUGUUGAACCAGUCCAAACAACACGAUAUGCUCCUCCUGAUAUGGAUGUUCGACGAGUUAGCGGAGGCGGCGGUAACGACCCCAUCGGACGUGUUCAGGAACACGCCAACCGCGAAGUCAGGCGAAUGGAGGCAAACCAGUUGCGCACAGAUCGUCGCCAGGCCAAUAAGAGCGCCUUGGCCAGUCCCGUGAACAGCGUGCAUAGCAUGAACGCUCAUGAUACCCGACGCGACUUCAACGAUAACGUACAAAGAAUGAACCAUGUCUGGCGCGCUCAAGAGAACAUGCGUGCAGGUCCGGAGCCUAACAAUGGCAACCCCGGUAACAAUGGCAACGGUAACGGUAACGGCAAUGGUAAUGGUGAUGUCAUGAUGCACCAGGGUGUCAAGUACGAGAGGAAGCAGAAUGGCCCGUUCAAGGACCGUCUAGUCAGCCAGGGCACGAUCAUUAACAUCGACGGCGAGGAUUACGUUGAGUACCGUGUUCUUACGAAACCAUCCUUCUUCUAGAGGAAGUGAUGAUGACGACACUUACGGGUGGUUUCGCAAGCCUCAUGAGGCUAUUACUCUGACCUUAUUUCCCCAAAACCACAAAUUGAUCAACACAAACUUCUUAAU